CUCAUUUAAAGCCAGUGAAUAUUAUCAACAUAAUGAAUUAUCAACUUUGAACGAUUCUGCCAAAUCUUUGAAUUCCACCCUUGGCUUUGAUCAUAUUUAUCUCGUUAACCUUGCAAAGAGGUCGGAUAGACUUGAAAAGAUGAAAGCUGUAGUAAAUGCUCUUAACUUAGAUGUUGAAUAUUUUACUGCCAUUUCAACCGAUGAUCACAAAACUCUUGAUAGAUUUAAUAAUGCGACUUAUAUGAAUGCAACUCAUAAAGCUUGUUACGUAAGUCAUUAUUUGAUCUAUCUAUCAAUCGCCUACAAUCGUUACGAUAGCGCUUUGAUAUUGGAGGAUGAUGUGGAUAUUGAGCUCAACAUUACAUCAAUAAUGACUUAUAUUCAUAGCGUAUUACCAUCGGAUUGGGAUCUUUUAUAUAUCGGACAUUGUAUGGGCUGGGAAGGUGCAUUUGAUCCACCUAUAGAAGAAACAUCAGAAACUUUUAAACUGUAUCCAUCUAAAAAACCAUAUUGUACGCAUGGUUAUGCCAUUUCAGCCGCCGGUGCACUUAAGCUUAUAAAAGAACUUGCCACAUUAUAUAUACCACUCGAUCUUCAAUUGAUCUCGAAGAUUGAUGAAGGUGUCUUCAAAUCAUAUAGCGUUAAUCCGGCGCCUAUUAUACAAACCAACGAUAAUCCAUCUGAUGUAUCUCCUGAUGCCGAGUUUUUGGAAUAUAAAUCUCUGAUAAAUUCCACCCUAUAUUCGCUAGGACUCAAAUAA